AUGGAUAAACUAAAUAAAUCACUUGAAUUUUUAAAAUUACUUUCAACAACAGCAUCAGAAACAUUAAUAAUCAAAGGUAACAAUGAAAAUUAUUUUAAAUUAAUUAAAGCUAGCGUGGAAACAUUAUUUACAAAAUGUGACGAGAAUGAUUAUAAUGUACGAUUGACUGCUGAAGAAAGUCUUAAUAAAUUUGUUCAAAAUUUAAAAGAAGCAGUUUUAACAAGAAUUCGAGUUGAAUUAUAUCGAAUUAUAAAACAUAAUCCUAAUGUUGGACCAAAUGCUUUAAAAGAUCAAUUACUUGAACAUCAAAAUCAAAAUGCUAGUACACGUUUAAUAAUUGAUUAUCUUGAUUUAAUAAAAAAAAUUAUUCAAUUACUUCGUUAUUCAAAUUUAUUUGAUUUUGAUCAAUUAUUAAUUUCAACCCAAAUUGGAUCUAUAGAAGAAAUUCGUGUUAGUGAAGCCUUAAAAACAGAAAUUGAAUUAUUAGAAGAUUCUAUUCAACAUACUACAAGUUCCUGUAUUCUUGCUAAAUUUGCUCUAGCUCAACUUAAAGAUGAUAUUGAUUUUCGAACAUUAACUUAUCUUGAACAACAAUUAAAACAACAGUACCCUGAUAUACGUGUUCGUCAAGCAAUUGCUUCGACUUUUGCUAAUCUUAAAAAAUAUAUUAAUACAAAUGAAAGUGAUUUGCAAGCUGCUGUACUCGAUUUACUUGUUCAAUUACUUUUAAUUCGUUUUAAUAAUAGUUAA